CAAAAAAAAGACAAAAUUGCAGAUAAGAUAAUCAGUUAUGAAACAAAUAAAAUUAAAAAGAAGUAAACGAAAGCAAAGACAACCUUUCUAUAUUAUUGUGUGGACAAAGAGAACAAACUAAUGGAUAACACUGGCCACAUCGAACUCGAUCGCUAUUGGUAACCGUUGUGUCAACAAAACUUUUUUGUUUACAAAUGGCCACGGGUGACAAAUUCAAAUUUGAAAGACGUAUUUGUGAUGUGAAAAGUGAUUUUUUAUUGUUAAUCUAGUUGUGUAAGUUGUGUUUAUUAUGGGUAAUUGUCUGGGAAGUAUUUUUCGGCGUCGAAACCAGCGUCGUCACAUCGUUUUGAUACUGAUAGGAUUGGAUAACGCGGGAAAAACAAAAACUGUCAAUAAUUUGGCCGGCGAGAAAGAUGACAAGGUUUUGCCGACUGUGGGUUUUAAAGCUGUGAAUUUAGUGCAUAAAGAUACGCCUGUAACGAUAUAUGAUUUAGGCGGGGGUCCUCACUUUCGCCAAAUAUGGUCUCAGUAUUAUAGCGAAGUGCAUGGUGUAAUAUUUGUCAUCGAUUCAAGUGAUUUUUCACGGUUGGAUGAGUGCAGGGCCGUACUUGAAGAGGUGUUAUCGCACGACAAAAUAUCAGGCAAGCCGGUUCUAGUUCUAGCGAAUAAACAGGAUAAGACCGGGGCUUUGGACGACAUCGAUGUGGUGGAAAAACUGAACAUCGAGCCACUAGUUAAUAAAUACAGAUGUCCAACUCUAGUAGAAUCCUACAGCGCAUUCACAGAACACCCAAAGACUAAAAAGCCAAAAAUAGAUCCAGGGUUACGUAAAGGCUACCAAUGGCUCCUAAACUACAUAGUGCGACGAUACGGAGAUAUAAAUUUACGCGUACAGACGGACAUACACGCAGACCUGGAAAGACGCAAACGGAUGAUGAACAAAGCUUCAAACACAACAUCACAGACAUUCACAGCAGUGAGCGAUGACAUAGCCACACAAACCGGCUUCGAAAACCCUAAUUACGACAUCGAGAAAUCGACUAAAAUCGACAAUGAAGAUGUACAACAAGGGGUGAUAAUCGUCAAACCGAUUAAACACAACUCUAAUAGCAUUGAUUCGACUAUAACUAUCGAGAGUGUCGAAGAAUCUGAAGCUACUAGUGGUUCCAAGCCAAAAUUGUCCCCGCUCUUUGGUAGGGCUAGUAACUCGACCGUGGAGACUGUUCGAAUAGAGCUGGAGCCCAGGAGUGAGUUCAGGAAGUUAUCUCCUAUUGUCCGAAACAAGAGUGGCGCGAAUCAACACAUUGAUUUCCAGAACAGACCGCAGUCUAGUCCUUCCUUCGUUAAGAAGAAGAUUAAGAAGACUAAGUCACCUUAGCCAACUAUUCUCAAAACUCAGGUGGAAUCGUCAAGCAAGAACACGUCUCUACAAGACGAAGAUCUAAAACCGGAUGGUGACCUCUCAGUUUACAUUGGCGAUCGCAACAGGACUUGGGACAGCUCGGAGAAGAAACACACGGUGCUCGUCAAUGAUGCAGAACUGUCAAUGACGCAUCGUGAGAUCGUUCUUAAUGAGAGAGACUACACAAACAAGACAGCGUAUUCUGAGGUAAGCCUACAGCCGGCGACGUUGCCGCUGAGCCCCCGGCCGGCCUCCGCCUCGCAGCUGGUCAGGAGACAGCUGGAACUGUGCGGCCAACAUAAACGACGUCUCAGUCUUAGAUAUAUGCAGCGUAACAAGACCAGUCCGGAGCGUGUGUCCAUGUUGAUAUACGAGCCGUCGAAGGCAGCGCAGAGGCACCUCGACAAGGGGGAUUUUGAACACUCCGCUACCAUCAACUAAUUGUG